AUGGACGCCUGCCUUACCCUUCCACAGAUCUUUCUGGUGAUUUCUCUGCUUUUUGGUCCGGCCGAUUACACCUGUUUGGAAGGAUGUACGUGCACAAACGACAACUUGGGAAGGUCUUUACAAUGUAUGGAAGCCUCGAUGACCCAAAUCCCGGACUCUAUCCCACCAGACUUAACCAAAAUCAGGAUCGAAAAUUGUCAUCUGUCCGAACUCACGGCCGGAGCCUUCCUCAGCGUCCCCUCUCUAGAGUCUCUCUGGCUCAACCACAACAACAUUACUCUGAUGACCGCGAAGAGCCUGGACGGCCUCGCUAACCUCACCGAGCUGCGGCUACAGGGCAACAGACUCACCUCCGUGCCGUGGACUGCGUUUCAAAACACGCCCAGACUCAACAUUCUGGAUCUGAAAAACAACCGACUGGACGUUUUGCCAGAGCACGCUUUGAGGAACCUUCCCGGACUCACGUACCUGGACCUGGCGUUCAACCAUCUCACCGUUAUCUCUAAAGAUGUCUUUCUGAACUGGCCGCUGUAUCUGCAGACUGAAAGGACGUGGAGCAAAGAAGGGUUGGCGUCCAACGUGGUCCUCGCCCUGCACAACAAUCCCUGGACGUGCGAUUGUCGUCUGAAGGGGUUUGUGGAGUUCAUACGCACCGUGAACCCGCCGAUAAUCUUGAUGAAUUCAUACCUGAUGUGCAAAAGCCCCGCCUUGAAUCUCGGCAAGUUUUUCCACCAAGUCCAGCUGAAGACGUGCCUGCAGCCGAACACUAGCACCCCGGAUAGCAACGUGACUUUUGCGCUGGGAGCUAACGCUACAUUAACGUGUUUGGUCAAAGCCAGGCCAGAACCGACCGUUCAGUGGAUGUACAGUUUGAAGACAGUCAGAGGAUUCACCGCCACCGAAACCCAACUGGACGAGGACACGCUCAUCUCUCGCCUCCUCAUCCCGGCGCUGCACCCAGCCGACUGCGGACUCUACACCUGCUCCGCCCACAACUUCCUUGGCAACUCCUCGGCUAGCAUCCUAGUCAGCAUCGGCAACUCCUCCAGCGUGCUGCCUCCCGCGGUGCCCAUGCCUUCACCGAACACAGACAAGCACUCGUUCAUCGACCUCCGCAUUGCAAAGCAAACCGUGUACGGCAUCACGCUGGAGUGGUUUGCCAUCACCGAAAACCCAGGAGAAACUUGGUACACGGUUCAUUUUGGUAAAUAUGACGCGCCAAAGAAGGAGCUAACGUACAUCGGGCCCGGGAUCAACCAGUACACGGUGGAGAACCUGCUCCCGAUGACGAAAUACCAGGUGUGUGUGACUCUGAAGAACCAUGCGCCCAGAGAGGGACAGUGUGUGGUGUUUGUGACCGGGACGGACGUUAGCGAGAUGGAGCAGAGGCAGAAGCUAAUUCACAUUGUUGUGCUGGUGUGCGCCAUGGUGCUGGCGGUGCCGGCGGGCAUGUAUGCCUGCACUACGGAGGCCCGGUUGGGGUGUUCCGAAAGGUGUGCAGAGUUCUGGAAGAGAAGGAGGCGGCACGGAGACCUGCAGGAAAUGGAACGACAGGGAACGUUCGACAGCCUGCAGGCGGCGAGCAGCGAUACCCUGUGCAGAGACGUGAAGGACAAGAAAUGUGAGGAGCGAGUGCGAGGGGAGAGUGCGGCUCAACUGUACUGA